UGGAGUCAGGAGAACACGAGUGAGAGAGGCAGAGGGGGACCACUAGUAUCCACAGCUCUGUUUAUUAUUAUUAUUAUUAUUAUUUUUCCCAUCCAUUGGAAAGCAAUUGUGAGGGUAAGAGCAGUAAUAAUAAUACUUUAUAAUUACAUCAUAACUAUUAUAUGGGUUGCACCCUGUGUACGGAUUGCUGCGAGGACGAGCCGGAGGCAGAGGUGCUCAGAGGGACUCUAAAGAGGGAAAGUUCACAGAGAAGUGGCAGCAUGAGACUCACCAAGGCAGGGAAAGGUGAGCCCCAUGAGUUUAAGGAGAAGACCUUCAAGAAGAAGCGUCAGUGCGGGGUGUGUAAACAAAACAUAGACGGUCUGGGCUCCUUCUGCCGAGUCUGCAAAACAGCCACUCAUAAGAAAUGUGAAAGCAAGAUCAGCACAGUUUGUAUACCAGCCUCAUCCUCUGAUUUGCAGCGGAGAGGAACGAACUCUUCUCGACACAUUCAACAUCUGGGUUCAACCAAGUCUUUGACGUACACCAAACAGAGAAGCACUCUACCCAGGAGUGUAAGUGUGGAUCGGGUGAUGGACAGAGUGAUGGAGCGGCACUAUGACUUUGAUCUCACCUAUAUUACCGAACGCAUCAUUUCCGUCUUCUUUCCCCCUUUGCUGGAAGAGCAGCGCUAUCGGCUUAAUCUCAAAGAGGUGGCCUCCAUGCUAAAGUCCAAACAUCAGGACAAGUUUUUGUUGCUCAACCUGUCUGAACGAAGGCAUGACAUCACACGGCUUAAUCCCAAGGUCCAUGACUUUGGCUGGCCUGACCUUCAUGCACCCCCUCUAGACAAGAUAUGUUCCAUGUGCAAAGCCAUGGAGACUUGGCUGAACUCUGAUCCCCAGCAUGUGGUGGUUCUGCAUUGCAAGGGCAAUAAAGGAAAGACAGGAGUUAUCAUCGCUGCCUACAUGCACUACAGCAAGAUUUCAGCAGGGGCAGAUCAGGCUCUGAGCACACUGGCUAUGAGGAAAUUCUGUGAGGACAAAGUGUCUUCAUCUCUCCAGCCCUCACAGAACAGGUAUAUAUAUUACUUUGGAGGACUUCUGUCUGGGGCCAUAAAAAUGAAUAGCUGCCCUUUGUUUCUGCAUCAGAUCCUUAUUCCCACCAUCCCAAAGUUUCAUCCUGAUGGAGGCUACCUGCCCUUCUUAAAGAUCUAUCAGGCCAUGCAGUUGGUCUAUACCUCAGGCAUAUACGAUUUGCAGGGUUCUAUAGGCAGGAAGCUGUGUGUGACCAUUGAGCCUGCUUUGUUGCUAAAAGGAGACAUUAUGGUGAAGUGUUAUCACAGACGAGCACAGGCCACCGAGAGGGACACCGUGUUUCGGCUCCAGUUUCACACCUGCACCAUCCAUGGAACACAGCUCUGGUUUGGGAAAGGAGAACUCGACGAAGCCUGCUCAGAUGACAGAUUUCCACCUGAUGCAACUGUUGAGUUUGUCUUUUCUUCUGGACCAGAGAAAAUCAAAGGACGAGAAUACCAGCGGAAUGAUCCGGCAGUCACCGUUGACUAUAACACAGCUGAUCAAGUGGUGCGCUGGGACUCUUAUGAGAACUUUAACCAGAGAUAUGAGGACACUCUAGAUGAUAUUGGGCACACCCGAGGGCCUCUGGACGGCAGCCUGUACGCUCAGGUGAAGAAGCGACGUGCUGCUGGCUCCUCCCCCCUCGCAUCCACCAAUGGCAGCCCAGGACGGAGCUCUGCAGAAAGACCAAGUCAUCUCCUCUCAGUCAGCACAGACUCUGGGCAUUCGUCGGCUCCACCCGAUCGUCUUGAGGACUCACCCAGACGGCCUCCUCCCACCCAGCAGGAGCGCGAGGAGCUAGAGCGACUUCUUGGUGGAAUCGAGGGUGAAAGGCCUGGCAGAGAUCAUGAACGAGAGACAGCCAUUUUGGAUGAUGGUGACUCCCUGUCCCCUGAACCUACUGGCUCACAUCUUGCUCGUUCAUGUUCAUGCCGUGUAGGCUACAGAUCACAGCGCUGCUCUGACAUCCAGCACUUACCCAAUGGAUACUGCCUUGACCGUUCCUCCUCCAAUGGUCAUACGUCACCAACAAUGCUUGGGUUAUGCCAGCACCACAGCGGCCAGCCACACCAGUCUCUCCCACCUCCAGACCUCUUAUGGGAUAGGCAGCAAGGCUCACAGCACUACCUGCAUGGUCCUUCCAGGCAUGUUUGCCCGUAUCCUAACCAGGACCUUUGCCCUCAUCCUCACACAAUUUCUCCAAGCGGACGGCUUCUGUGCAGGGCAGACGAAUUCGUCCCCUACACUCAGCACCACCCAAACCACCCACACCAUCCCAAGACAGCCAGCACUUACCAUGAUGUGAUGCUUGUGGACAGCCUCCUGCCACCACCCGGCUGCCCCUGCCGUGACUGUUGCAUGAGACGAGAGGACUUCCACGCAUUACGGCUUGACAGAGGUGAAGGAUUGCACUGGGAAAGGGAGGAUCUUCCCAGAGACGGUGGCUUACGACGAGGCAGAGAGUCUGAGGUCCCGAGACGCAAUAUGCACUGGGAGAGAGAAGCUGGGCUGAGACAGGCUCGAGAAGUUUCACUUCACUGGGACCGAGACAGAGAGGCAGAGCUGCAGUGGGAGAGAGAACGAGAAGCCGAGUACUGGCACCGAAGGGCUGCCCUGUCACCGUAUGGCCCUGCAGGUCACGACCCAGCUUUUACCUUUGACCCACUCCCUCAGGGACACCCAGCCUAUCCCGAGCCAUCAAGGUCACACGGACAUGCUCACCUGGAUGCAAAAUAUAGCAACAGCUCUAGCAGUUGCCAGGCAUCCCACCAGAUGUGCCACUGCUCACCUUACCAGCCUUCACCCUCUGAGAGUCGCGGGUAUGCUUCGGGCUACCAGUCAGACUCCACCUCUCCACUGCCGUCCAACUACUCUUCAUGCUACAGUCAUACAGAACCCCAUCCACAGCACUAUAGCUCCAACACACACACAGAUGGCCCAGGAGUUCCAGCUGAGAACAUAGGAUGGCGUGAACAUGUUACACACGGUUCCUUGAGGCGGCUGCAUCGUGAUGCACAUGGAACAUGUUCCACUCCCUCAGAUAUGUCUGGAUCACCCACUCCAGUUCACACCAGCAGCCCAAUGCAUACACAAGAAAGUCCCCAAUCAUUGGAAUCCAGCACUGACAGGACCAUGCAACUCGGGCAGGAGAGGACAAACUUAGCUGUCCAGCAAAAUUCCACAAAAUGUGGCCAAGGGUCUCAUCAGGCAGGAAGUCCAUCCACAGAGUAUUCCUGCAAUACUCAGACACACUCCGUCCCUCUUCAGCAGCACUCCACUCACUCCUCCUCGUCUCUUCCUCCUCAGCAACAUUCUGUACAUUCCUCCUCUCCUCCUCAUCAGUUCUCCGCACAUUCUUCUUCUGCUCAGCAGCACUCGGCUCAUUCUGCCCCUCCACAGCAGAUUUUAACAAGUCCCUCCCCAUCUCAGCAAAUCUCUUCACAGUCCCCCUAUCCACAGCAGAUCUCCACACACUCAACCCAUCCUGAGGUCAUCUCCCCACAUUCCUCUACUUCUUCUGUACAAAUCUUAAUACACGCUGCCCCUCCUGAACUGAACUCCACACACUCUGUCCCAGUAACACCCACAGCUAGCUCUGACUCACAAGCCCCAGUGCCAUCAGAUCAUUCUGCCCCAGGGUCCCCAACUCCUGCAAACCAGCAGUAUAGCACCAGCCACAUCAAGGAAGUUAGUUUCUCCACUGAAGCUCCUCAGCCAAUCAAAACCCAAAACCAAACAGCUCUGCACUCUGUGUCUCCGCCUCUCUCACAAAGCCAACCACAAAUCCAACCACAAAUCACACUUGAGUCUGCUCUACUCCAUCCUCAGAGCAAUGGAACAUCAUCAUCUCCUGAACCAGAGACCACAAAAUCAGUUCCCACAUCACCUCAACAUCCACUGUGCAGCUUGGAAGCCCCCUCCUGCUCAGAGCCUCCUGUGCCAGGCUUUGCCACUCUGGGAAGGAAGCUGAUGUUGGGCCCGGAAUUUGCCUCACAUGGAGGGCCAGAUACCACCUGCAGCUCCUCUGAUGCUUACUCCUCCCAUGCCUUCCCCUCCUCGUCAACUUGCUGUCCACCAUCUGCUACUUCAGGCACCAGUUCUGUAGAUCAGCCACCACUUCCAGAGAAACGCCGCCAGGGAAGCCUGCCAGGCUCACCUAAUGGCAGGUCAGGCACCCUAAGGGGGUUAACAAGUCAACCACCAUCUGGUCAACACCAUGUUACAUUCUCGCCAUUGGUAGGAGAGCUGGCUUUGUCCGAGCAGAGCGAGGGGCCUGAAGAGGGUGAUCCUGGCAGCAGGGUCAGCGUGAAGUUUGUGCAGGACAGCUCCCGUUUUUGGUACAAACCAGGAAUAUCCAGAGAGCAAGCCAUUGCAGCUCUGAAGGAAAAGGAGCCAGGUGCAUUCCUCAUCAGGGACAGUAACUCCUUCCAGGGGGCCUAUGGUUUGGCCCUUAAAGUGGCCACACCACCGCCCAAUGUCAACAACCAUGCCGGCAAAGGUGGAGAUCCUAUGGAACAACUGGUCAGACAUUUUUUGAUUGAAACUGGACCACGAGGGGUAAAGAUCAAAGGCUGCCAAAACGAACCCCACUUCGGGAGUCUUUCAGCACUGGUGUAUCAGCAUUCCAUCACACCAAUUUCUCUGCCCUGUGCUCUCCGCAUCCCUGACAAAGAUCCUAUAGUCGAGAAUCUGGAGGUGCAGCCUGCCAGCAACAUGAGCACAGCAGCAGAUUUACUAAAACAGGGAGCAGCAUGUAAUGUGCUGUACCUGAGCUCAGUAGAGACGGAGUCUCUGACAGGACCACAGGCAGUAGCCAAAGCAACAGGGGUGAUGAUGUCACAAAGCACCCGGCCACCAGCUACUGUAGUGCACUUUAAAGUGUCGACACAGGGCAUCACUCUAACUGACAGCCAGCGAAGGGUGUUUUUCAGAAGGCACUACCCUGUUAACAGUGUGACGUUUAGCUGUGUAGAUCCGCAGGAUAGGAGGUGGAAUAAUUCCGACAACAAGACGUCUAAAGUGUUUGGGUUCGUAGCUAAGAAACCAGGCAGUGUGGCAGAGAACAUGUGUCACCUGUUUGCCGAGCUUGACCCCGAGCAGCCGGCCACGGCCAUCGUUAACUUCAUCAACAAAGUAAUGCUGGCUUCACAGCAGCGCUGAGGAUGAAGAUAAAGAAGAGAAGCAGAAAGAGCACGUUGUUGACAUUUUAAUCACAUAAUUACAAUGCCCAAGAAGUGACCAAAGUAUCUACAAAGAACAAGAACCAAAUCAUUCUGAAUAUAAGUAAAGUGAUACUGGUGAUGUCAUUUUAAAAAAAUGGAGAAAAAAAUGACUACUGGACAGAGGAAUAUAUCAGCAAGCAUUCAUUCCUUCCUACAGUACAAUAUAUAUAUAUAUAUAUAUAUAUAUAUAUAACAGUGUUCAUACAGUUACAGGAUAUACACAUACAUGGUAUUGUAUUAACUUUAUAUCUGACAAUUAGCUGUAAUUAGAUUUAUUUCACAUACUUUUUUAAACGAGCAGUGGCUUUCACUACUAAUUUCACUGUGUUUUGUUUAUUGAAAUGAAGCGUAGCUACCAUGGGUAUCUAACAUGGUACACAGAGAGUAGUGGCACGUCUAAGAAAGUCCGAGUUUGAUUCGAAUUGGCGGGGAAAGAAAGUGGAUACGGCAUAUUGACAGGUGUGUGAAAAAUAUGAAUAUAAGUAGAGAGUACAGCUCAGCCACACAGUGUGGUACCAGACUAGAAAAGAUUUUACCAGAGUGUAAAUACUUUUAUAGAAAGUUUAAAGGUUGUGUAUUUUUUUUUUUUUUUUUUUUUAGACAGAUUCACCUUAUUAACAGAGUGAAACACAGUUGUUACUAUAAGCUUUCACCUAUCAGGUCAGUACACAAAUGAAACAUAAGUGGCCUAAAACACCCUUGCUUUAAUGUUCUUUUUAUAUAAUCAACCCACAUUAAAACAACCAGGGUAAGUUUAUACUUCACUAUUAAAAUGUAGAAUGUAUUUUAUGCUCUGGCUACAUUAUUGUAAAAAGAAGCAAAUCUUUUGCUAAGCACUCUUGUAUUUAUAAGCUUUAUUCAGUCAUGUUUAAUAUCUUAUACAUUUUCUAUGCAUGUAUCAGUCAGAGCUUUUUAAGAGACAGAAAUGUCUCCAGCUUUAAUGUACUGCACUCUUUUCUUGACCUUUGUACGUAGUAAUAUAUUCUCACAUGCAGCUUACAUGGAGAGUGAAAAAAGAUCUAAUGGAAGGAAACUUUUAUAUGAAAUGGAUUUUUAACUGCUAUUUUUGCAUAUUGAAUACAAAUGAAUAUAAUAAAGAAAUGUAAAGUUUU